AUGCGUGCCAUAACAGUGUCUUCCUGGGGCUCUUCCCCUCAAUUCACCUCAUCCCACCCUGACCCUUCACCUUCGUCCGCCGACACCGUCACUCUCAAGAUCCUCGCCAGCGGCCUCCAUCAAUUAAUCCGUCUGCAAGCCACGGGUGGGCACUACACCACCAAGAACACGCCCACACCCUACAUCCCCGGCGCCGACGGUGUCGGAGAGACACCUGAUGGCCAACGCGUGUACUUCAACAGCAUCAUGACGGGCGGUGCGUUUGCCGAAUCCAUUACCGUGCCCAAGGCCAACACAACGCCGCUUCCCGAAGGUACCGAUCCCGUCACGAUUGCUGGACUGACAAAUCCGGGAAUGUCGAGCUGGAUGGCCUUCGCCGCCCGCAUCGACCCGCCCUUACCCAAAGGUUUUACCGUGGUGAUUGUGGGGGUCACAGCAAUCAGCGCCAAAGUCGCGGUGCAGUUCGCACGGGUCAAAGGCGCCGGGAAGAUUAUCGGCGUGGCGAGGAACGCAAAGGAGAUGGCCGCGAUCGCCGACCUAGACGAGCGUAUCGUCCUGGCCAACGACCCCGGCCAGACGGAUUUCUCGUCCCUGACCGACGUGGACCUGAUCCUCGACUAUCUCUACGGUCCCGCCGUGGCCGCCCUCUUCGCCCAGCUCAAAUCCACCGUCCCCACGCAGUUUGUCCAGAUCGGCACCGUUGCUGGCAACGACAUGGCCUUGCCCGGCGACAUCCUGCGGAGUAAGAACAUCACGCUGCGAGGCACCGGCCCAGGCUCGUGGGCCAUGUCGCAGUACGCAAAGGAGCUGCCGGGACUGCUGGCAGCCGUGGCCCAGCUACCCGAUAUGGACUUGAAGGUGAGGAAAUUGGAGGAAGCCGAGGCAGCGUGGGCGGCGAAGAAGGAGAGGACCGUGUUUGUGCCAUGA